UUGGAACCGCGGGGAUUUCAAAAAUUUCUGACUUAUAAAUGGAGGAGGAUCAGGGCGACGUGAUGGAGUCAAGCAAUGAUGACCCCAUGGCCCACCUGGACUCAACGAGCAUGCUGAACUUGAUGGAGGCCAGCUCGUUCAGCAUGCCGCCACCGAAUCUGCACUCCUCGAAAGUAAUCAAUCCGAACAAGGCGAUAUUCACCAUUGAUGCCAAUACGGGACAGAUUUUCAUAGUGAACAACAAGGCCUGCCAGCUGCUGGGCUACACUUCGCAGGAGCUGAGGAACAAGGGCUUCUUCGACCUGCUGAACGGGAAGACGGAGAGCCACAUCUCGUCGCUGGCAGAAAUGCAGAUAGAGGGCGACGAGGGCCGCGUGGUUUUGCUGAGCGGCAAGGUUAUCGAGAUGAAGACCAAGCCCGGCAGCAAGAUCCUGGUCUCGCUCUGGAUCCGUCAGAUAAGCAGCGAUGGGCGGCACAUAGCUGUUGCGGAGCCUGUGGAGCGGCAUAUCUGCCACAUUAGUAUCGACCGGUUCGGGGUGAUAACAUCGGCCGACUCCACUACUGCUACUAUAUUCUUUUACGAAUCCACCGACGGCGUGGUUGGCCUGAACAUAGUUGCGCUGAUACCGUUCAUCAAGCUGCCCGAUCCCGACAGCAGGGAUGCGAUUCCGAAGAGCCUGCGAAAGCAGAGGGCCACCGGACGUACGACGGACAAUGUGAAGUUCCCGCUGUGCCUGCUCCUGACGCUGGACGAGAGUGCUCCAGCCGGAUACCCCGCCUCGAGUAGCCCCGCGUUGAACAUCACCGUCUGGGUGUUCCAGAACCUUAGCGGCCUCAUUGUGGUGGACGACAUCGGGAACAUCCUGAUGUGCAACCAGCCAUUCUCACUGCUGAUGUUUGGCUACGGCCAGGACAAGAUUAUGAACAUGCAUAUAUCCUCGCUCCUGCCGAAUUUCGGCAAGGACUCGCGGGAGGAGAAGAGCCCUAAUGUGUCGAACACCUCGAUCACCAGCAACGACUGGGAGCCGGACACCGAUCCGCUGGUCCUGGAUAACCUCGACUCCUCGCUGCAGUCCGGCAAAAAGAACUCUACCACCAAUAAGUCGGCACCGCCAACCCUCGAACCCUCCUCGGUUAGUGACGCCCACAUGAGCUGCAACCUGGACCACAACAGCAGCGGAAUGUUCUGCGACGUGCGACAGCCGGACGACUGUACGAUCGAUGACAUUCUAACGCCGGUGAAUGCUUCGAACAGUUUUCCAGCAGACGAGUUUGAGACGGGAUCCCAGUCCCACAUCAACGAGAUGCCGCUGGACAGGCCCAAGUCACCGGAGUCCACCGAAAAUGGCGAUGCGUCGGGCAGCAAUCUUGCCACUAAGUUACUCAGCUCCAUCAAUGGAAGCUUCGUGGGUGAGGCCAUCCAUGCGGAUGGAACGGUAAUCGAGGUGGUCUACUCCGUCCUGCUGCAGAUCCUGCCCUGCUCCAAUCGGGUGUACUGCAUCUGGGUGUGCCGUAAUCCCAGCACGCGUCUGGAUGGUGGCGACAAAUACAGCUACGCGAACCUCACGUCCACAUUCAACAGCAUGGCCAGCACGAUUGAGCAGUCGCUGGGUCAAGUGAUCAAGACCACCGCCGCCCAGAACUCCAGCAGGCCCAACUCCCUGUCGCUGGUGUGCAAAUAUGAGGACGAGCUGUACGUGGGGGAGUACAGCAAACACUACACCUCCAUUAGGCAGAUCGGACGCGGAGCCUACGGGUAUGUGAAUAUGGCAUUCCGGAACACGGACCGGCUGCUGGUGAUCACCAAGUUCAUUCUUAAGGAGAAGCUAUGCUCUCAGUUCAUGGUCAAAAACCGGGACGGUAAGGAAGUUCCUAUAGAGAUUCAUCUACUACAGACCUUGAGUCAUAAGAAUAUUGUAUCCGUGCUGGACGUAUUCGAGAACGACCUCUUCUACCAGUUGGUGAUGGAGAAACACGGCUCGGGCAUGGACCUGUGGACGUUCAUUGAACGACGCCCCCUCAUGGAGGAGAAGUUGGGCAGUUAUAUUUUUCGACAGGUCGCCGACGCCGUUAACUACCUGCACGAGCAGAAGAUACUUCAUAGGGACAUCAAGGACGAAAACAUUAUCAUUGAUCACAAUUUCAACAUAAAACUGAUAGACUUCGGGUCGGCAACCUUUAUGGAGGAGGGCAAGUACUUCUCCACAUUUUACGGCACCACGGAGUACUGUAGUCCCGAGGUGCUUGCCGGGAAUAGAUACGUGGGACCUGAGCUGGAAAUGUGGGCCCUGGGCGUCACCCUCUACGUGCUUAUGUUCUUCGAGAAUCCCUUUAUUGACGUGGAGGAAACGCUGAAGGCCGAAAUCCAGAUACCAAAGGUGGUGUCCGAGCCACUGAACCGGCUGCUGGCCUCCAUGCUGAACAAGGAUCCCAAAUAUCGGUGCACUAUGCAUCAGCUGAUAACAGAUCCCUGGCUCACCCAGGAGGUGAAUCCGUCGGUGUUUAACUUCUCGUGGAUUGUGCCCUGCAAGGCGCACGAGGCGAACCCGGACCUGUACUUCUCCGGCUACUUGUACUCCAGCACUUCGGUGCUGUCCACCAUUUCGCCGCAGGAGAGCUUCUCGCACAUCGAAGAGUGCUCCAUUGGGGGCAGUGAGGAGGGGAAACUGCUGGCGUCUCACAGGAUCGGACACAAGUUGUGCGUGAACGACGCUAAACACAAUAAAAUGGAUACGCUCUAUGCGAAGCAGUUCCAGUUGAACACUUCAGUCAGCAACCACGAACUAAGGGUUACCUCGCUACCUGACCCCCGACACACGGAGAUCGGCCACUCCAUAUGCUCCUCGAAGUCGGAGAACGAUAUAUUUAAGAACAAACUCGAGCCCUGCGUCUCUGCUUAUAACGUAGUUAGCCUGCACGACGUGAGCACGAAGCCCAAAACGCUUAAUCUGAAGUGAAGUUUAAGAAUUGUACAAUGUGUAAAUCUUAUCCCGUCAUGUGUAAAUACCAGCAUCUGUG